GGCACGCUGCCCCAAGUGAAGACGUCCCUCCGCCCUACUCGCUCACCGUCAUGUCUUCUCACGAUCCCCGCUCAUCCUCGACCCAGUCGCUCGUCCCCGAACCUAUGCUGGCCGACGCUGGCCGCCGCCGCCUACUGCUAGUCUACCUCCAUGGCUUCAUGGGCGAUGAAACUAGCUUCCGCAGCUUUCCCGCCCAUGUCCACAACCUCGUGACCGUCACCCUUGCACAAUCCCAUGUAGUCCACUCCAAGAUAUACCCGCGAUACAAAUCAAGGGACUCGCUCCAAGUGGCAAGAGACAAUUUUUCAACCUGGCUGGCCCCCCAUGAAGACCAGUGGACCGAUGCCAUCCUUCUCGGUCACUCCAUGGGCGGCUUGCUCGCUGCCGACAUUGCCCUGGCCUUUCGCCAUCGCAUCAUUGGUAUUGUAAACUUUGACGUACCUUUCCUAGGCAUGCACCCCGGCAUCGUAAAGGCAGGCCUGGGCAGCAUCUUCAAUACACCCCCACCCCCACAAGAUGCCAUCGCCGCCGACACCGACCCAGAACAGAAGCUCACCAGAACAAGCACACUUUUCAACCCCAAGCCAGCCGACCCAAACUACAAUCCCAUGUUCCCCAAUGAUGUCCGUCUGCCUAACCGGUCCGGCUGGGAAAACAGCUUGCACUGGCUCACCAAGCAUUACAAAGACGGUCUAGCAGAAGCUACCAGAGGCCUUGUCAAGUCACACAUGGAGUUUGGUGGUGCCAUGGCCGAUUACAGAGGAUUGAAGGACCGCUAUGCCAAGAUACGAGCCCUGGAAGAAGACGACGAGGCAAAGAGGAAGGGCGGCAACCCUCAAUUAUGCACUGUACCCCGAAUCCGCUUCAUUAAUUAUUACACGGUCAGCACAGGAAGGCCUAAGAAACCGACUUCCCCACCUUUAAAGUCGCCCUCCCCAUCCUGUUCCCCCAGCUGUCCACAUCAGGACCCGGGCGGCGAAAUGAAUGCUCCAGGCGACAUGGUAGAAUCUGUUGACCACCACUUACAGCAACAACAGAAUAAUAGAAGCCUCUCAGUGGUAUCAUCGGAGCUGGAGUUGACUCACAUCCAACCAGACCCCAUACCAAGUUCUCCGCCACCGUGUAUCCAAGUGGACCACCAUGACCAAGGUUCCGAGCCUGCCUACUCGGACGAUCAGCUCAAUACUGUUAUUUCUGCUGAAGCCAACAAUGGUCCGCCUAAUCUUCCCGAAAUACCACCCAUUCCCCAAGAGCCGCCCUUUGUGGAUUUACUACAAUACACAGACAAGGCACAGCGCAAAGCUGCAGAGAAGGAGCAUGACCAGGCACUCAAAGAGUAUCAAAAAGCCGUAAAGGCACGCAACAAGAUGAUCAACGAGCGCACGAAGUUAGAGGAGAAAUGGGAAAAGGAGAGGGCCAGAGAGGCCAAAGAACGGGAAAAGGCGGAGAAGAAGAGAGCGGAUGAGCGCCAAAAGGAGGAAAAGAGGCGAGAACAAGAACAGGACAGAGAAAGGAAGGAACACGAAAAGGACCAACAGAACAGACUCGAGGAAACUACGCACAUGUCGGCAGAGGAGCGACAGAGGGAAAUAGAAAGAGGCCAAAGACGAGCAGAGGCUGAGCAAAGAGAGCGAGAAGCGCGACAAAGACAGAGAGAGGCAGACGUGCGUCAGGGGAAGAUAACUGCAGAGGAAGAACCCCAGCCUGUUCCCACGGUUGCUGGGCUAGACCAAGGUAUUGGCACCAUGCACCUGGGUCACCAUGAGACAGCUUCGCAGGGGCCUCGAGGUCCGUACGGCCACUAUGAAUUUUCCCGUAGCGGAAUCAUGAAUCAGCCUCCGCCAGAGAGUCGUGCCGACUCGACUUACACUCUCUCCACGACAGACAGUCGGAGCAGCCACACACCCGAAGCCGAUGCCACCGGAAACACUCUGGUCAAACCCAAGAAGCUGAAGAAAUUCUGCAUGCUACCACCCAAAGACGCUAGUGGCAAUCGAGACCCUACGUGGAUUGAGGUCUUCAUGGACAACAUGGACGAAGUCACGGCACACACGUCUCUCUUUUUCGUCAACGAGACAUAUGAGCGACUGGUUGGCGAUGUUGGGGCGAGAAUUGAAGAUUGGGUCAACGAGGUAGAUACCAUGCGCUUGAUACAAGACCUGGAGCGUGUCAAAUCAUAA